CACGUUCUGAGGCGUUUAUAGUCAAUAAGAGCUCAAAUUAAUCAAAGCUCUCAUUUCCCUCAGUCAAAAUUCAGCUCCGCCGUCUUCUGUUCUCUCUGUUCCUUCUGUCAGCUCCGCCAUGGCUUCACCUCUUGAAGAAGGUGGGAUAGACUUGGAGAAGCAUUUAUUCAGUCCAAGAGCCAGCAGCCAGAACCAUCAUCCUUUGGCUGACCCCUCGCCGGCCCCAUCUCCUUCAACAAGAACACCAGCUCUCGUGUUUUCCAACUCCGGGAAGAGAAUAGACCAAACGGGGAAAAAGAAAUAUGUGAAGCAAGUGACGGGAAGGUACAACGACACUUCACUUCACUUGGCAGCUCAAGACGGCGACCUUGCCGCGGUGAAGCGAAUACUUGAUGACAUCGAUUCCCAAACGAUGGGCUCGCUGAGUGGAGCUGAGUUUGACAAUGAGGUUGCGAAGAUCAGAUCGUUCGUAGUGAAUGAGGUGAAUGAGUUGGGAGAGACGGCAUUGUUCACUGCAGCUGAGAGGGGGAAUCUUGAGGUGGUGAAGGAGUUGUUGAAGUAUUCUAAUCAAGAAACUCUUACUAAGAAGAAUAGAUCCCUGCUUGAUCCUCUCCAUGUUGCUGCAAGCCAGGGACACCAUGCUGUCGUGCAAGUGUUACUGGACCAUGAUCCCGAACUGAGUAAAACCGUGGGCCCCUCAAACGCGACUCCUCUCAUAACAGCAGCAUCAAGAGGGCACACUUCGGUGGUCAACGAAUUGCUUGCCAAGGAUUGCACCUUGGUUGAGAUUUUCAGGUCGAAUGGGAAGAACGCAUUGCAUUUAGCUGCGAGACAUGGACACUUGGACAUUGUCAAGGCCUUGCUCGGAAAAGACCCACAGUUGGCGCGUAGGACAGAUAAGAAAGGGCAGACAGCACUUCAUAUGGCCGUGAAAGGCGUCAACUGUGACGUGGUGAAGCUGCUGCUUGACGUUGAUGCUGCCAUUGUUAUGCUGCCUGAUAAAAACGGAAAUACGGCUUUACAUGUGGCCACAAGGAAAAAACGCGUCGAGAUAGUGAAUGAGUUGCUUCAGUUGCCUGACAUGAAUGCCAAUGCACUAACCAGAGAUCAUAAAACAGCACUUGACAUUGCAGAAGCUCUUCCCCUGUCUGAAGACUCCUCUGAAAUAAAGGAAUGCCUGCGUCGCUUCGGUGCUCUACGUGCCAAUGAUCUGAACCAACCAAGAGACGAACUAAGGAAAUCCGUGGCACAAAUCAAGAACGACAUCCACACGCAACUCGAACAGGCCAAGAGGACGGACAAGAACGUGUACGGGAUCGCCAAGGAGAUCCGGAAGCUCCACCGCGAGGGGAUCAACAACGCCACCAACUCCGUCACCGUGGUGGCCGUGCUCUUCGCGACGGUCGCCUUCGCCGCCAUCUUCACCGUCCCCGGCGGGGACCGCGACAACGGGGUGGCGGUGGUGGUGGGCCACGCGUCUUUCAAGAUCUUCUUCGUCUUCAACGCCGUCGCGCUCUUCACGUCCCUCGCAGUGGUCGUGGUCCAGAUCACGCUGGUGAGGGGCGAGACGAAGGCGGAGAAGAGGGUGGUGAAGGUGAUCAACAAGCUGAUGUGGUUGGCCUCGGUGUGCACCUCGGUGGCGUUCAUGGCGUCGUCGUACAUUGUCGUGGGACGGAAGCACGAGUGGGCCGCGGUUUUGGUCACACUUGUGGGAGGGAUCAUAAUGGUUGGGGUGCUAGGAACCAUGACUUUCUAUGUGCUCAAGUCAAGGAGAGCACACUCCAUGAAGAAAAGGGUGAAGCAGAGUCUCUCCCACUCAUGGCAUCACUCUGACAUCUCUGACACUGAUAUGGAGAAGAUUUAUGCUCUUUGAGGUGUAAAUGGGUAUUUUCGUCCAUCGAUUUAUUCAAGAAUGUAUAAAUGAGAUAUAAAUAUGAUAAAUAUUAUGAACAUGUCACACAUUAAUGUUUCCGUGGAAACAUAAAGAAAUCCAUUUAAAUAAGACUAAUUUAGAUAU